AAUGUUUAUAUGGCUCGUGGGAAGCCAUCCCAACUCGUCAGUUUUAAACAAACGUCAUGACGUCAAAUUGCAAGCGUCAAAACAUCGGCAGCGUUGGAUUCGAACUCUUAGAUCAUUGUUCAUAAAUUGCAGUGUUAUGUGGAUCAGGAUGCACAGUAUAUGACGAGUUAAAAUGGACACCUGUUAAAUCUGAAAUAAUUCAUAGGUAAAACUGUGUAAACACCUUCAGCGCUUAACAGGUGUUUUUAAUCAAAUCCAUAAAUUUGCAAGCUGAAUGGUGUUGCAUGAUUGCAAUCGAUAUAAUGACCCAAUGUUAGACUCGAUGUGGUGUGGAGGACAUUCUCCUACCGUUCAACCCCGAACUUCAGCAUUACUUCAAACCCCACGUGUUGCUCCUAUCAGUCCUUCCGUUAAUCUCCCCGCCGCCCCCUACCCUCAUCGUUGCCAACAGCUGGUGGAUUUCAGUCACUUCUGCCCUCUUCUCCUCUCAAUUACACAUCCCUUGUAAGCUUAUACGGACACAAGCGCCCACCUUCUAUGUCUAUUUUUAGUCCUUCUGCGUACCAGAUCACCGUGACCCCCCAUCUGAAGCCCCGCGUACUACUUAAACCACCUUAAACCGUGUCAGAAUGAUACGCGCCACAGAUGCGGAAAACGGGGGUAGUAGGGGCUGUCCAUGUUAACAACAGAACUUCUGAGUUAUCUGCCGAGCAUUUAGGACACGUCCUUGGGAGGUUUUGCAGAACUUUGAACUGUAGUUUUAUACGUAGUCUGUCCCAGUUGUUCGAGAUUGCAUCAUUCAGAUGUCAGUGCAGUUUUCUUCGAGAAAGUUUUCGUAGUCGUGGAGGGAUGCCGGUCGUCGGCUGGCCACUGGCUGCCCCCGAAAAUAGACACUGGCGCGGCGGAAAGUUUGACUGCGGCAAGCGUGAUCUUCCCUGCUAACUUCACCGAAGAGAGCUUUAGAUCCUGUUCACCCCGGACGUUCACCUUGCGACCUUGGGAACGAGUUGGGAUUUAGCGGGUGAAAGCAUGACCUAGGAAGACAAAUUCGCCAUUAAAUAAGCAUGGAGAAAGGCUCAGAGAAUAAGACGAUGCUACCCCCUGUCAGCUGUGUCGAAACAAAGGAGACAACCCCGCAGAGAUGUCUGAAUCGGCUAUCAGACAUCCGUUUCUACACGGCCAGUCUUACUUUUGCCAUGUUCUCCUUUUCUCUUACUUGGGGAUACUUCCUGGCUUCGCUAACGACAGUCGAAAAACGGUUCGGAUUUGGCAGCACGGAGACCGGGAUGAUUUUCGGCUGUUACGAAAUCGGCCAUCUCUCAAUCGCCUUGUUCAUUAGUCAUUUUGGCAACCGCGUUCACAUACCUCGGCUUUUGUCUCUGUCUUUCUUUGUACUGGGCUGCUGCUCCAUCACCCUGGCCUUGCCUCACUUCUUCCUGGGACCUCUGACGAUUGGCUCCGAUCCUAUCACCGGUAACGCCACAGAUUUUGAAUCUGUGGGCGAAAUCUGCCAGACUGAGUCUUCGCCCAAAGCCGAUCCUCUGGUAUCCGGGGACAAAUGCGCAGCAUCGGAAGCGGGCGCAAUUUCCGGUAUUCCAUAUUUUGUUCUCCCGGCUAUUAUAUUCGUCAUCAAAGGGAUGGCAGGAACGCCGAUGAGCUGUCUUGGUGUGGCCUUCAUUGAUAACAAUGCCAGCGAAGGCAAAUCCCCACUAUAUAUGGGUAUCUGUUUUGCCGCCAUUUCUCUGGGACCAACGGUUGGCUUUUUCCUCGGUGCGUGGUGCCUCCUGAUGUACGAAGAUCUCACAGAGCCCGCCAUUACGCCAUCUCACCCUCGUUGGAUCGGAGCCUGGUGGCUAGGAUUGCUCAUGUCGGGUUCUCUGGAGAUACUGACGUCAUUGCCGCUUCUGCUGGUUGCCAAGAAGAGGGACAAAGUGAAAGCCUUAACAGCAGGGGAAGAGAAAGUGAAACCGCCAGUAGAUGUGUACACGUGCAGAGGGUUAAUCCAGUCUAUGAUUCGUAUUCUGAGAAACCCGGUGUUCCUCUGUCUGACCUUGUCAGGAACGUCUGCUGUCUACGUCGUCGCCGGUUUCUUCACUUUUUUACCCAAAUACCUUGAGAGUCAGUUUGGAGUCCCAGCAUGGAGGGCGAACUCCAUUGCAGGUUUAGUCAGCGGCUUCGCAGCAGGCCUUGGGUCGAUUGUAGGGGGCGCUCUUGUCACCAAGCUCAAACUACGCUUCAGGACAACUCUCCUGCUGUGCAUGAUCUCGAUGUGCAUAUCAUUGCCCACAAUGUUGUCCGGUAUGCUGAUGGGAUGUGACAACGUCAACCUCAUUACCUCCAACUUAUCCAUGAGCCCGGGUGUCAACAGCACAUGCUCCAGCGCAUGCGCAUGUUCCGACACUGAGUACUAUCCAGUGUGUGACCCGGUCACCGGAAACUCGUACCUCUCGCCUUGUCACGCGGGAUGUCAGUCACAUGAUCUAGUGGAGGUUGCAGGAGAAAAGAUGUUUACGUCCUGCACAUGUACGUCCGGUGGUAACGCCACCCUGGGACUGUGUCCGCGGGACUGUGGGGUCCUCAUCCCUUACGCUAUCAUCUUCAUUGUCUUCACCUUCGCUCAGAGUCUGUUGACAGCCCCAGGCCUGAUACUCACCAUGAGGUGUGUGAAGAAGAGUGACAAAGCCCUGGCCGUGGGAAUAGCCGGCUGUAUUGUGUCCAUAUUGGGUUGGAUCAUGGCUCCACUGGUGUAUGGUAUCGUGAUCGACUCCGCAUGCGCACUCUGGCAGACGACGUGUGGUUCCGAGGAGAAAGGCACCUGUUGGCUGUACCACAACGGCGACUUUCGCAUCAAAUUCCAUGGACUCACUCUGGGUUUUGGCCUCUCCUGUCUGAUGUUCUUCUUUUUUGCAUUUAGAUUCAGUCGAGGUAAAAACUUUGACGAGGAUAACGAUGAGGAAAGGACUAAUCGAACCUCUGGAGAGGACAGUUCGAAUUGCAAUAUGGUGGACUGUGGCGAAGGCAUCUGCGAUGGACAAAACGAGUCUGUGCCACUGAGACAAGUAAAUCCCCCAAACGACAGCCAAAAUAACAACCAAAAUGUUCUCUAGCUCUUGUGGCAAUUGUAAUAGGCGCCGAGAACCAGUUUUGAAAAAGGGACCUUGUGGUGACAUGUAUUUUUGUCAUGACUGAAGGCCAUUGUGCAUAAUCAACGCUUGACAGCUGUAGGAUCCAGGCUACAGCCAACUGUAGGAUACAUACUGUGGCUAACUGUAAGGUCAACCCUGCGGCCAAACUGUAGGUUCAGCGGUAGCAACAACUAUAGGAUCCACUCAACAGCCAACGGCGAACAGUAUGAUCAAUGCAUCGUCAACCGUAAUCAUCCACGGUAAUUUGUUACUCAUUAGAGAUGUAAACUGGUUAAUAUUAUGGCCUGUUUUCACGAAUUUACCUCAGACCAUAGAUUAUUUAUUUUUGAUGAGUAGUAAUGCGGUGUCCGUGCUUACCAUGCUGCUAAACGAACAUAAUGCCACAGAGAAACGGGCUUCAUAUUUGCACUUGGCGAAGUCCCUGGAAUCACAACGUCAUUGCUUUGAUGCAAGUUUUGAUUGACCAUAAAUCAAACGGCAGAUGAUCUCUACAGUAGUUGGCCACACUUGCCUCAACAGUACAUACACGUCCCACCGCCAUUUACUUGCCUUGUGAGGAAGAAAACAAAACCCAGAAAGGUUUCUGCUUUGGUAAACUGCUAUACCCCAAAGAGGAAGAGACUUAGGAAGGCUUACUAGCAGAAGUUACUUGAAGUAGCUAAAAUGUACGCUUGCAUUGUUUAUUGGGAGAAUUUAUUGGGAAAACCUAAUGUAAGCAGUUUCGGCUCUGAACAGCAACGCACUAGAUUCAAGGUGAAGGACAAUGUUUAUUUGCCACUAUCUAUGACGAUGGUGCUUAUCCGCCCUCUACCAGGGGAAGGAGGUCUUGUUUGUGAUGGGACGGCAGUGCCUUCUACUUGAAAAACAAUAUCAGCAACGCUUAUGCAUGGUCACUUGAAUUAUUAUUGAAAAGAAUGACAUUCUAAUAAAAGUAGGACUCAGAGGCCUCGUACCAAUGCGGCCACUGUGUGUUUAAGGCCAGAUCAUGAUGGCUUACUCUCCCGUUACACGUGGGAAGGUUUGUCAGCAAACUGCAGAUAAUCGAGGGUUUCUUCUGGCUUCUGCACGGUUUCCUUCCAUCACAAUGAUGGCCGCGGUUGUGUAGUUCUUUGAAUCCCAACGGACACUGCCUACUGACAUUAUGGCACUGCUCUUCUGUGAGAUUUGCUUCCCUUUGCAGAGAGCUGGUGUCGGUUUUAGUACAGAUGAAAGAUAGAAAGUACGAAGCCAAGUGAGUUUUCCUCUUUAUAUCUCAAAGUCACGUUGACAUUGACGAGCACAACCCUACGCACAAUAUGCCAUAAACAUCAAUCAAGAGGAGUAUUCUUCAGCCUAGUCUGUUUCCGGUGUUAGAGUCGUUGUGGUCACUGAAGUGAAGCUGGAUAUGUUCAUUGUUAACAGGUGUACCUUUACCAGGGAAAUACUUCACGUAUGUAUGUAUGCCUGGAGGAAAGCAUGCUUACCUGAAAAAUGAUUUCUGCUGAACCUGACUUUUGUGACGUAACAAAAAAAAAUACCCGGAUGUAUAUCACCAUAUUUGCAGUUUUGACUGCGGUAGACUGCAGAUAUGCAAAUUCGUGGCCUUAUAAUCUUGGUUACACGUAUAUGACAUUUCUGACUUCUAACAAUGACAAGUGUGAUGCCUGUCUGAACACACAACGUUGGAAGGGGCAUAUAUGUACUCUGUUUUCUGCUUGACAACUGUGAACUUUCUGUUAUAGUGAGAGAGGACAUUUGUCUGCUUGUCUGUGUCAGGGACUUGCAGGAGAUCAACACAAACUAGUAAGUGCUGACAGAGAUAACUGCAGUCAAACAAUGGAAUUUAUGCAUCAGGAAAGCUGUUCUCCUAAUUUAAAAGCUUAUAAAGUGUUGUCUCCGGCCUCUAGACA